AUGAAGGCUGUACUUGCUUCAGUUAAAAAUGAUCUGAUGAACAAUGACACUGCUGCAGCAGUAGAAAAGAUUCAAAGAUAUUUAAAAGAAGCAGAUAAGAUUCCACUAAAAAUCGCCAUCACAGGAGAAUCUAAAUCUGGUAAUUCCGCCUUUGUUAGUGCCUUAAGAGGCAUAAAGAGCAUUGGUGAUGAAGAUGAGGGCGCUGCACCCACUGGUGUUGUGGAAACCACCUCAGAGGUCACAGAGUACCUCCAUCCAAACUAUCCCAAUGUUACUUUAUGGGAUCUUCCUGGAAUCGGCACCACCAAGUUUCUUGCAAAGGAGAUUCAGAAGAUGAAGAAAAAGUUCUACUUUGUUCGUACAAAGAUCGACAACAACAUACGUGAUGAGAAAAGAAAGAGAGACUUCAAUGAAGAGGGGACUCUUACAAAGAUCAGAGAAGACUGUGUUCAAGGUCUUCAGAAAGAAGGUUUUGAGUCUCCACAGGUCUUCCUGGUGUCCAGCUUUGAGCCUCACAUUUAUGAAUUCUCUGAAUUACAACAGACCUUAGAGAGAGAACUUCCUGCACACCAGAGUGAUGCUCUGCUGCGUGCCAUGUCCAACAUCAACCAGGAGAUCAUCAAGUCUUGA